AUGCUCACGGGCCCCAUCGAGAAGCCGUGGCUGGCCAACAAAGACAAGCGCCUCGGGCUCUCGAACGUCCUCGUCUACUUCAUCGCCUUCCUCGGGAUCGCGGGCGGUGCGGUGCGGUGCUUCUUCACCUGGAAGUCGACGGAACGGCUCGGGAACCUGUGUCUCGUGAUGGAGGACACCUUCGACACCUUCGACACCGCGAACACAUGGAACCACGAGGUGACGAUGAGCGGCUUUGGCAACCAGGAGUUCGAGAUGACCACCGCCUCGUCGAACAACUCCUUCGUCCAGGACGGGAAGCUCUUCCUCGUCCCCACGCUCACCUCGGACGUGAUCGGGUACGACAACGUGCUCGGCAGCCCGCCGUUCACGUUCAACCUGACGGGCUGCACGGACGCGAACGCGACGAACUGCGGCGCGGUGUCGAACGCGACCGCGGAGACGGUCAUCCCCCCGGUCAUGAGCGCGCGGAUCAACACCCUCGGCCACCACGCGAUCAAGUACGGCCGCGUCGAGAUCUCCGCCAAGCUCCCGCGCGGGGACUGGCUCUGGCCCGCGCUGUGGAUGCUCCCCGUCGACGACGCGUACGGGCCGUGGCCGCGCUCGGGCGAGAUCGACAUCAUGGAGGCGCGCGGGAACGGGCCCGAGUACCCUGCACAGGGCGUCGACUACGUCCGCGGCUCGCUCAACUGGGGCCCGUUCUCGUGGCUGAACGGGGUGAGCAAGACGUUCGGGUGGUGGACGAACCGGCGGAAGACGUUCGCGGACGGCUUCCACACGUACGCGCUCGAGUGGAACGACCGCUUCCUGCGGAUCUACGUCGACUCGCGGCUCACGUACAUGCUCAACCUCAAGUUCAACGAGCCGUUCUUCCAGCGCGGCGGCUUCCCCACCGUCGUCCAGAACGGGACGGACUUCAUCCAGACGCCGAACCCGUGGUCGAACGGGACGAAGAACGUCGCGCCGUUCGACCAGCGCUUCUACCUGAUCAUGAACGUCGCCGUCGGCGGCACGAACGGCUGGUUCCCGGACGGCGCGGGCGGGAAGCCGUGGCUCGACGGGUCGCUCACGGCGACGACGGACUUUGCGAAGAAGCAGUCGGACUGGUACGCGACGUGGCCUCAGAACGUCGACGACCGCGCCAUGGUCGUCGACUCCGUGAAGAUGUGGGAGUUGUGCUAA